GCACGGUGACUACCCGAAGCUCCCUGACCGAUCCCAGCAGGAGAGGGAUCCAUGGUAUGAGUGGGACCACUCAGACCUGAGGUUGAACUGGGGUGAAACGAUGCACUGGGACCUAGACAUGUAUAUCAGGAACCGUGUGGAUACAUCCCCUACACCUGUUUCUUGGCAUGUCAUGUGUAAACAUCUCUUCGGCUUCGUGGCCUUCAUGGCUUUCAUGUUCUGGGUUGGGGCGAUUUUCCCUUCCUACCAGCCUGUGGGGCCGAAGCAAUACCCUUACAACAAUCUGUACCUGGAACGAGGCGGUGAUCCUACCAAAGAACCCGAGCAGGUGGUUCACUAUGAGAUCUGAGGAGGCCACGUGGGCUUUUGUGCCCUCAUUCCUAGAGGGUUAACCUUAAUGAAACCACUAAUAAAACUCAGUACCAUG